AUGACGCCAAGGCUUUGCAAGUCCUUGGCGCAAGAGCUGCCGAGCGCAGCGCCGAAGCGCUGCCGCGAGGCUUUGGAAGAGCUCUUGGAGAAAGCACAGGAGCGGAAGAAGGACUUGGCUCCUGAUCUUUGCAAGGCCUUGAUCACCUUCGUCGCCAGUAUGGCCGCGCCGCGCGUACCCAUGUGCAUGUCCUUGCAGUUCCUUUGCCUGGAGCUCUUGGGCCGUGCAGGCUCUUCCGUCCGAGCCUAUGAGGAUGAUGCUAGUAAGGCGGACGUGCAAGCCUUUUUCUUCAAGCUCAUGAAGAAAGAAGCAAAGACGCAGCCAUGCUUCAAGCCUCGGAUCAUGGUGCUCAUGCUGCAGUACUUGUUGCGGUGGCUCCACUCCAGCAACGCACAGAAGUGCCUCUCGAAGGAGGGAGCCUUCAAGGCGGAGGUCGUGACCUCGUUGUUGGACGCCUGGUGCUCCGAGAUGGCACGCUGCAUCCGAUGGCCUGGACGAUGGCAGCUCAAGGCGCGCGGAGACGGGCGGAGACUCCGUGAGACGACGACGGGCCUUGGGGGAGACAUGAAUGACGCAACAGGAGCGGAGGUCUCACCAAAUGCAGAUUGA